GAUCGUUUCCCUUCAUUCUCUUCCAUUGCCCUGACUCUGUAUGUCUUGGACUGGUGUGAAACUAGCUAUUUCGCACCAGCACUCUACCAGCUGCUCCUUCUCGCAGGAUAAAAUUAGAGAGUUUUGUAUGGCAAUGAGCACAAUAAAGGUCAGAGUAGCGGUGGUGUGGGUUUGAAAAAGAGCUAUGAGUCAUUUAGAGUGAAGACAUGUCUCACUGUGAAACAUGUCUUCACUCUAAAUAACUCAUGCUUGCAUCUUUCCUUCGUUGUUUCCUCCCAUUUAGUUUCAAUGUCGGGCUCACUGCCUCCAUGGAUAUGUCAAGAUGUGUGCAACACUCCCUAUCAACUGCCACAUCCUGUGAACAUGAACAACACUCCUUUGCAACAGUACCAGUACCAGGCUGAUGCUCCCCAGCCUUGCUAUGACCAACAGCAAAGCAGUGGAGACUAUGACCGGCAGAGUAACUCCUUCAUUCCAUUCCCCCAGUCAGGUGCUCCUCCGAAUGUGCCUCAAUUACCAAUGCAUGCUGCUACAACUCAAGCAAAUCCUCAAUAUCCUUUCCUCCCCCACCUGUGGUCUCCUCAAUAUGUUUCCCAGCCACAGGAGUCCUUGCAGCCAUACCCCACAUAUGAAUUUCCAGGUCAACCCCCAUGGUCCAACUGGCAGGGCCCACUUCAUCCUCAACAGCAAAUGUACUCAGGUCACAUCCCCCAGAUGGUCAAUGUCCCUCAUGCUCAUGGCUUCCCUCAUGGGGAACCCCAGCAGUUUCUUCAUGCACCCAGUUACACAACGCCACAUGGUGGCAGUGCUAUGAGCUCCGGCCGUAGUAAGGAGCGGAAACGAUGUGGUGGUCGGUCAGCUAACGCUGCUAGAAAACGAAAGGCUGUCGACGACAACAGCAUGACAGGAGAAUCGUCUUCGGGGGCACUGAAGCGCAUCAAGUCCCAUGCGAGUAAUGGUUUCCGCACGACAUCCACCGCCGUUGGUCCAUCUAAUCAUCAAACUUUCUCUAUGACGGGGAUGCAAUUCGACCUCCGUGACCAAUCCAGAGGAUCUGGAAUGCAGGGGAACCAAUACAGGUCGUUACCUCAAAAUGGAAGCAGCAGGCCGCUUUCGCAGGUGCCGCAGGGCUACUAUAACCACAACGGUGGCCCCUCUCAAGUCUGGCAGAGACAGAAUGAGUCUCAAGAGACAAGUGUCUCUACGCCCCAGUUUCGGGAGCCGCCGAUUGUCCAUCAAAACGGAGACCGAGGUCAACAAAAGCCGACCUUCAACAAUGGUUCUGUUCCACCGUCAUUCCCCAAAAGUGACUCUGGAAAAAUGAACAAUCCAGCCAUCUUUUUAAGGGGCGCUUCUCUCCUUCGAUAUGUGUGCAUACGUCGCGGUAAAAUCGAACCAUAUUCCAGAUGGUUCAUUACCGACAAAGGAGAGAUUAUGCUUCUCGCGAGUCUGCACACGGGCCAGAAUCCAAGUGCCUUACAUGUCACUGGUGCCGCAGAUACUGGCGUUCCCUUUCUCUCGGUGAGAGAGGCCCGCAGCCGUGAGGAAGCAGAGGAAUGUUUUAAAACGGUACUUAUCACUUUGGCAAAGGUGCAGACGGUGCAUAAGAGGUUGGUCGCUCUCACUCAGCCAGUAAUACAGUCCCAAGGGUCGUCGAAUACACACAACGGCUCACAAGGCUUCCAUCGAUUGACGGACAACUUUGCUGGACCUUCUGGACAUCCCCUCCCUACUCCGGCACGUACUCCAGUUCGUACUCCAGUUCAGCCCGAUACCGUGGAACAGACACUCCCUCCGAUUCCGAUCAUUACAGUCGAGGACACUGACACGACAGAUACUUCACCCGUCGUCGAAAUUUCGACGACUCCUACGCAGCCUGAAAGUCUACGGCUUCGAAACGAAGAUUCAGGCGAGCCUGAGGAUGGACCCGAGGCUCCUCCUUGUCCCCCCUCUCCCGUCGAUCGUCCUCCCACUCCGCUCGAGUGCUCAGAUGAGAAGCCAUCCGGCGCCACCGACGAUCAGGUGGAAUCCGCGGAGGAAGAAAAUGGCGGCCCUUCGGAUGGUAGCCUUGUUGGCGCUUUGAUCAUGGACAUGCCAUGGUUCAACGAGCGUUCCGCCUCGUCGCACAAGAAUGGGGAAGAGCCAGUAGCGUCCGCGUCGACGUCCACGAUUUCAACGAAAGGACCCUCUACGGUUAGUGGAGAUGACCACUACGAACGCGUAUAUAACGAGUUCAUGGAUGCAGAUGAAGCUGGGGAGCCAUUGUUGUCCGAGGAAGAUGCUGAUGCCGAUGCCGAAGUACCUACAAGUUCAAGUUGA